CAGGCUCCUUGCUGCAGCCUGGCCACAGCUGCCACCAUGUCCUGUGUGAGUGUUGACAUCAGGACUGCAGCAUCCAUCUGUCACACCCUCUGCAGCAUUCUGCAGGGGUCCUUCGGCCCCAACGCUCUGCACAACAUGAUCAGCACGGCUACAGGACAGGUGCUGAUCACCUCAGAUGGCAGUACCAUCAUCAAGUCUCUCCAUCUCUCCCAUCCAAUAGGGAACCUCAUCAUGGAUGCCGUCCAAUCACAUCACGCCGUCACUGGAGAUGGAACAAAAACUUUUCUCCUCAUACUCAGAGAAGCCCUUCAAACAAUAUGCAACAUUUGUGAGAAAGAAACAAAUCAAUCACACAUAAAAGACCAGGUGCAGAAAGGGCAGGUGCAAAAGCUGUGCAUACAGAUGAGCCAGGCUUUUUCCAGACUCCUCGACCACACUUUCCCUGAAGUUGUCCAUCCUACUAUUCUAAAACACGCUGUUGUCACAGAUUUUGAUAAUCUUCUACAAGUGAGAGAAUACUUCCUAAACAUUGUAAACACAUUUUUAAGUGGCAAGUUUACAGCAAGAGUCGUUGAAAUCCUGACUGAGAUUGUUUGUAGUGUAGUCUUUAAGACAGCUGCGGAUGUAAAGGAUUUGUCCACAGCUGUACUGCAGCUGAUUGAUGACUUUGAGUUAGUAUGGCUAGAGGUGCCAGGAAAGCCUGUUUCUUCUUCACAUGUUGUUGAUGGGAUAAUCUUACUAAGAGACUUUGCUGUGAAAGCCGAUCAUAAAGACUCCAUAAACUUUGCAAUCCUUGAAACUCCCCUAGAGCCAAGCAAGACAGAAGCACCUUCAACAUUGUAUGUGAGGAACGAAGAGGAACUUUCUGUUGUCCAUUCAUGGAAACAACAGACAGUGCAAGCCAUAAUCAAGGAAUUGGCAUCUAAGGGAGUGAAUAUACUACUGACUUCUGAACAUGUAUCAGACAUGGCGCUAUACUUGUGCAAAGCUUCUAACAUCUCUGUUGUGCACCACAUUCCAAAGGAGGAGCUGCAAAGGCUCCGCAGGUUGUCCUCUCUGCAACCCUUGAUUGUCUCGAGUUGGGACGUUGAUUCUAUACAUGUGGGACAAGCUAAGUUUUGCAAGCAGAUCACUUGUGGACAGAACAGAUAUGUGCACAUUGGACUUAAAGAAGGCAGUGGCAUGAGAGCUGUACAAGGAAUUAUAUGUGGCCCAAAUUCAGGGCUCUGUAAGCUGUUUACAAAUGCUAUGCACAAUGCAUUGAAGGUUGUCAGAAUGUGGUUAGAUGUCACUAACAGUACUUGUCAUCUACAGAAAAGUGUAGAUGAUAGUUUGCUGAAAGGCUCUUUUUAUGACUGGACAAACUGUGGUGUCAAACCCAGUCUGCUGCUUGGUGGUGGUACAUUUGAGAUGCUAGUUAACAGAUGUCUACAUGAGCAUGCAGAUCAUACAAGAGACUCAAAGUUUUCUGUAGCUUGUAAAGUUCUGAGUGAGGCUGUUCUGAGUGUACCAAGAACUCUACAUGCAAACUCGAACAUUCCAAAAUCUAGCAUGAACUCUUUUCCAAGGCUACUUGCCAGGGCAACCAAGAUGGAAUGUGCAGGAAUUGAUGGCUACUCAGGACAGUUGAUGGAUUCAAAUGCUGCUGCUCCAGUGUAUGAGCCAAUCAGCGCCAAGUAUCUCUUGUUGUGUCAUGUUGUCCAAGUGCUGCAGCAGAUACUGAGAAUUGAUAGUUUGGUCAGUGUCGGGCUCUUGCCGGAAGCAAACCAAUCGGAUUCAGAUUCAGAUUAGAAGGAAUUAGUUAUUGACACACCUAUCCUGAAUAAUGAAUGACCCAAUCUGUAACUCAACAUAGAAUUUAUUUACAAAGCAAUAUAUUGUUCACAUUAGUAAUGAUACAAGGCUACAGGAUUCUUUUUUGAAAUGUUUAGAACAACAUAAUAUUACUUUACAGACUAUAAGUGAACAUAUUUCUUGUACAUACAUAUGUGGUACUAACAAUGUCUCAUUAAAUCUAUCUCCAGACUUUAA